AAAUAAAACGUCGCAGUUCAUUGAUAAACUAAAGAUUUUCGUAAUAUCAUUCCCACCAGACCCAACAUUGGUCCUUCGAGCCGGAUAGUCGGCAUUUCACGGGUUUGUGGGAAUUUGCAGUAAUAUCGAGAUUACAGCACAGCACAAUGGCUAACACGCGGCAGAGCAAAACCGUUGAACAAUUGAUCGAACAACAGAAUUUGUAUUUCGACUCGUAUCGUCGGGUGUGGAACAAAUGUCAAGGCAGUAUUGCAACUACGGCAUCGGUUCGUUAUGCACAAGGGAAAAAGGUGAGCUUGGAAAACCUUUGGUCUUUGUUUCAAGCUAAUCAUCGACAAAUAAUGGACAAUCCAGAACCAUCCUCUCCGGCUGUACAUGGGUACAUACAGGGUGGGUUGUAUGAAGAAUUGGAAGAUCUUGUAGCUAAUUUGUUGGCACAGAUAGAAGAUUUUAUUAAUCCUGUAGAAGUAGCAAAAUCAGAGGCAUCGUCAAAGGUUGACGACGAAAACGAAUACAAUGAUAGUGGAGAUGAUAUGCAGAUUCAAUGGCAAACUCAAAUAAAGGUAAAGUUGCCAGAAAUAAAGUUACCUCAGAUUAAUGGUGAACUAAAACAUUGGUCCGGAUUCAAAGAUCUAUUUCUUGCUCUGGUUCAUCACAAUGCCAGACUUGCUGACAUAGAACGUUUGCAAUAUCUUCGGGGAAGCUUGAAGGGUGAAGCAGAAGAUUUUAUAAAACGAUUUGCAUUAUCGGAUGCAAAUUAUAGGCCUGCAUGGGAGCAACUCACAGCUAGGUAUGAUAACGUUACAGUGUUAAUUGAUGCUAAUUUGAAAACAAUGUUUUCCAUACCGAAGUUUAAGGAAGACAAACCUACAAACAUAAGGGAAUUGUUAGACGUUCCCAGCCAAGCUAUUGAAGCUAUUCGACAACUGGGAUUUCCUUUGACUGAUUUGGAUCCAGUUCUUGUUUUUAUGAUCAAAGACAGAAUGCCUUUAGAAACGAGACGACUAUGGGAAUAACAAACUCAUUCACCCACGUCUUAUGCAACAUGGAAAGAACUUCAGGUCUUUUUGGAAAUGCGAUUUAGAUCAUUAAAUGCACUUGAACCAGAC